GCCGCGAAUAGAGCAAGGGGGCAGUCGCGGGGAUGUGAUCGCGGCUCGAGUCGCUUCCUCGCGCGCUUAUCGUGUGCAAGACAACGAGCCGAUUAGAUUAGCCGGUUCCCGCGCGUGUCCGUCCCCCUCCCCGAAUGAGUCUCGACCAUCGCACGGUACUCGGCCGCUGACAUAAGCCCCCGAAAGCGGCGUAGCAGUUGCCAACGAGUAGCCGGCCAAUCGACAGCUCUCGCCGCCGUAAUGUCGCUCGAACAGGAAUUCAACGAUGCUGCGGAGAAGGUGAAAAACCUGCAGAAGAGACCAACGGAUCACGAAUUGCUCGAGCUCUAUGCGCUUUUCAAGCAGGGCAGCCUCGGUGACGUCAAUACAAGUAGACCAGGAAUGUUUGAUCUGAAAGGCAAGGCAAAGUGGGAUGCAUGGAGCAGCAAGAAGGGGAUGAGUAAAGACGAGGCGAAAGAAACCUACGUUAAAUUCGUCGAGACGCUACUUAAGAAAUACGAGGAAUAGUCCAGUGUUUCACUGGUUGGUGCUUGCAUUGCAAUUCAUGCAAUCGAUUGGUUUAUUAAAUUCGUUGAAAAUAUGCCCGUUGCAUCAAUUUCCGU